AUGGCGGCGAAAGCAGCGAGAAGGCGGAGACGGAGCUGCGGCCGGUCUGCCCUGCGGCGGCGUCGAGAGGUGGAGAAGGGGCGUGGUCCGAGCGCGACUGUGGCUGCUGGUGUCAGUCCCUCGCGCCGUCGACGUGCUCCCGUGCGACGGCGGCAACCCCCUCUCCUAUUGCUAGUCCUGGAUGAUGUUUGGAAUGAGGAACUCAAGCUAUGGAAUCCGUUGAAGAGGCCCUUGAUGAGUGCUAAAGUCGGCAAAGUCAUAGUGACCACGAGACUAGACUCAGUUGCUAGAAUUAUGCAAACAACUGAUCCUUUGAUCUUGGAGAGCUUGCCUUUUGACAUGUGCUGGUUGUUGUUCAAGCAAAUUGCUUUCACCCGAUGA